UGCGUGAACCUUACCGGCUCCACGUGGAGGAAACCUCUUUCUUCAAAGCAAACAGUGAUACUCUCAAUAAGGUCAAGGCUGCAGAUUAUUCAAGGAACCGCUAUAAAUAGGUCUGAGAAAUCCAACUGGAGUCAUUUUAGUGUGCAAAACUAGACCUGAGACAACAUCAACCAUUUCAAAUUGGGAGUAAAUCAGCAGAAAUGAGAAAACACCUUCAUCCUCAUGGGAUUCUCUUCAAUAUCUUGACUCGUAAACCUGAAUUUGCGUACUUCACUUCUCCAGAACCAUGCCACUGUAACUUUGAGUGCUUUGUGAGUUUGAAAAACCCAGAGAUCACUUGCCCUGCUGCUUUUCAGGUCCUGACGAAAAGCAUUCACUUCAUGCAGAGCUCACUUUCCCACCAAAAUCUGUCUUCCAGUGAGAGGCUCUGUCUUCUUCAGAAACGAUGGGUUCCUCUCUUUAUUCUGGGUCUUGCGCAAGAGAACAUCUCUUUUGAGGUGAUGGACUUUCCAGUUGGCAGCAUCCUUAGAAACAUACUGCUGAGCGGUCAGCAGAAACCAGACGACUGUCCGCUCACUCUGGCUAAAGUGAACAAACUCAAGAUGUUUCUAGACAAAGUAUGGAGUCUGCAGCUGAGUUUGAAAGAGUAUGCCUGUCUUAAGGGAGCUAUACUGUUCAGUCAAGUUUUAGAUAGCCCUGGACUGAAGAGCUCAUUAGUGAUAGCAGGACUGCAGGAGGAGUUUGCACAUGACCUGCACAUGCUUAUUCUCUCCCGUCAGCGCUCCGAAGAACACUGGACAAUCAUGGACGUUUUGUUUACAGCCUGCACUUUACAGAUGGAGGCCAGAAGCAUGGUGACAGAACUGUUUUUCAGACCCAUCAUGGGCAAGAUGGAUAUCCAGGAACUUCUCAAUGAGAUUAUCAACAACAAUGUAGGAUUAUAAACACAUUUAACUGAAUGUUUGACAAACUAAAAGAUACAACGUCUUUUUUUUUGGCAUAGAUAUGCAUAUUACAUUUUUACAAAUAAAAGCCCAAAAUACUUUAUACCAAGAGUUGUUGUU